CCGAUAGCAGAGGAACGCGGGGACGAAACGAAACGAGCUGAGGAUUUAAAAAAAGAAGAAAAAGAAAGAGGGAAAAAAAGCUCAUGACACUUUCGAAGCACACGUAAGGAGGAUGUUGGGUCGUGGUGUGAAGCGGAAGUGGAGCUGCCUGGAGGAGCUGGAGGUUGAGUCCGUCCCCGCCGCUGUGACGGAGGAGAAGGAGCAGGAUGUGGAGGAUUUGAUGGGCGGCGAGAGCGGGCUCCUUGUGGGUCCGUCCAAAUCCGACACGAGUCACCUGCAGCAGCGCCAACGGGUGCUCGGCCUCAGUUUGGAGAAGCUGCAGCGCUACCAGGCCGGGAUGGAGCUCAGCCUGCGCCGCUCCGUGCUGCUCAUCAACACGCUCAGGCAGAUCCAGGACGACAUGCGGAGUGACGUGGCGGGAACCUGCACCCAGGACGCGUUCCUCAACGGCGGCCACCCUGACUCUUGUCUUCUCAGGGGGGACAUGCAGGUUACGUGCCCCGGGUGCGCAGAGGAGGACGGGGAAAGCUUCUCUCCGCCUCUGUCCCCAGAACUCUCUUCUCAGGAGGCAAACAGCUCGCCUGACCAGCAGAAACCACUUCCUGCCGCGACAAUCAACACUUUUAGCGAUGCAGUAAACGCCAUGGGCUACCUCAGCGACCUCGCCCUGGACGACAUCUUCGAGGACAUUGACACAUCCAUGUACGAGACGUCGUCGGACCUGCCCUCGGCCUGGGCGACGGGCUCCCUGUGGCCCAUCAGUGUGUCGCUCUGGGCGGACGAGGACGUGAAGAUGCGCUCAGGUGGCCACAACUCUGCCGGGAGUCUCCAGUCAUGUUUGAUGGACCUGAAUGAGCUGGACCACAUCAUGGAGAUUCUAGUAAAGUCCUGAUCCUCAACAUGAACUCCUGAACAUUGACUAUACAUUGUUAUUCAAGGAUUGGGGGGCGAUGGUUAAUGAACUUUUAGUGUGACUUUGGAUUUUUCUUUUAAAGACUCCAUCUGACAUUUUGGUUGAAAAUAUGUUUUAAGCCUCAGUUAGUCCCAAAUUCUGAUGCAUGUAACUCAUUUAAAAUCAUGAGUUAUAUACAGGAGCUUCUUUCUAUAAAUAGAUAUGAAACAUUUAUGAUUGUGUAUAAAGAAUCCAGUUUAACAUCCCAUAUAAAACACAAACUGGUCGAACAUCCUGCACGUGUUUUAAAGGCUCAGAGCAGCUUGUGUUUUGAGUAAUGAGUGAUCAAUCUGUAGUAAAAGUAAAGCAGUCUGGUUGGGACACAGUAUAUUGCAACACGUGUAAUUGAAGUGUUGUAACAGGGGCAGAAUUGUUGGACUUUUCCUCCAUUCAGUAACACUUUAAAUGCAGAUGGAGCCUUUUUAUUUCAAAUCUUCACUGCCACUUUUUAUGUCUCUUUUUCUCUCAAAGUCGUAGCUGAAGUUUGAUUCCACUCAGGACGAAGGAACCUGAGGUGUCAGGUUUAGUGCGCUGUUAGAUCAGAUCCCAGGUUGAUUAUUAAUUGAAAUCCAUUCAAUUACUUAAGAGGGUUUGCUUCGGCCAGCCAAGAGUGCAAAGGCCUUGUUCCCCUUUCACAGUAUUGGGACUGAACAGCUCCUAUUGAACCGUGUAGGAUCUUUAAAAUGAGACUGAGAAAACUGACAUCAGCACAGAAGUCAUUGCGGCUGCAGUCUAAAUAUUUAUUUGGCUGGUGAAACGGGAGAAUGUGGCCUCUGAAUUUGAGGAUUCACCGGUCAAAAAGAAGUAAGCUUCCAGUCCACGUAAAUGUAACGCUGCGUUUAUGUCGAGGAGACUCUGAUGUCACGUCAUUUGCCGCGAUGGCAAAAUGUUGGAACACCUUUUUAUGUAAUAUUAUUCUUAUUUAUGAAUGAAAAUCGACCACAAACUGCAGCAGAUUCAACUUGUUUUUUUAUGUAUGUAGAGUUGAUCGUUUGGUGUGAGUGUAACUUAUAAUUUUAGAUCUUUAUGACUUUGGGCUGCCAUGUCAGCUGCUUUUCUUUAUGCGCCAUUUGUGACACCAAAUGGGACUUUCUAUAAAUCACCACGAGGACGAUGUAAACAGCUUCUCCUCUUCGGCAGCUCGUAUUUACGUUAAAUCCAACGUGACAUGAACGCAGCAGAGAACGUAUAUACAUAUAUAUUAGUAAUGUAAUCCCAGUCUUGUUCUGACUGAGGAGAUGAUUGCCUCGAGUCAACAAUCAGGACUUCACUUUGCCAUGUCUGAGAAUUGUAAAUGAUAACAAAUACCGAUGUAUUUUUAUGGCCUUGAUGGCAUGACUUUUUUUUUUACUGCAAAGUCAGGAGCGUGUUUCUGUUUUCUUUUUUCUUAAACAGUUUUGUAUGUUUCUACCUGAAACUCCAAUCUCCUGUCUAGUAGAAGAGCUACAGCGAGUGAAAGGCUGACAUGAAGCAGAUGCUCGGACCUUCGCUAACUGUUGUUUACUCCUGUUCUACCUCCGGAUGUCUGUUGUCUGUCGUCGGUUUACCUGGACACUCCUGUUUUUACACCGUGAGCCAUUGACUGUCACUGAUAGAAAAACAAUCUAGUUUAUUUCAUUGUCUGAAAUCCGUCUCUCUCUCUAUCUCUGGGCUGAAAAUCCAACGCUUUCCCGCCAAAGGCCAAAGUAAUCCGUCCUCAUCUCCAUCUUGUCUCAUGUCGACAACGUGCCUUACUACUGAACCUAAUUCUCAGCUUUGUCGAGGUUUGUUUUUUUGUGUGGCUGUCUGAGCUCGAGCUUCAUUGAUAAGGAGAAAGAAAAAAAAGAGAA